CUUAAAUUCAGAGGACAGCUCUUCUUUCUUGGUUUUUGCUUAGAUUUUGUUCACCUGAAUAAUCAGCCCAUCCAGAGGGGGAUCUCUUGUCCCUCUGAGGAAGCCAACAGCACCAAAAUUGUGGAGGCCUUCAAUGCAUGGAAUGACUCGGAAGCCAAUGCCUACACACUCAUGGAUCUGCCUCUUAGAGCCCCAACAAAGAUGACAGUGCAAGAUGUUCCUGAUGCCUUUCCUACAGUGGAUGUCCCAGACCAUGCCCAUUAUACGAUUGGAAUAGUCAUUCUUAUAGUGGGGAUCACAGGAACCCUGGGUAAUUCCCUGGUCUUCUAUGCUUUCUGCAGGACUAGGAGCCUUCGGACUCCAUCCAACAUGCUCAUCAUCAAUCUGGCUAUAAGUGACCUCCUGAUGUCCAUUACACAGUCUCCAGUUUUUUUCAUCAACAGCCUCCACAAACGCUGGAUUUUUGGUGAGAAAGGCUGUGAGCUGUAUGCCUUCUGUGGAGCUCUCUUUGGCAUUACAUCUAUGAUCACUUUGAUGGUGAUUGCCUUGGACAGAUAUUUUGUCAUCACAAAACCUCUGGCUUCUGUUGGAGUGACAUCUAAGAAGAAGGCCCUAAUAAUCCUGGUAGGAGUCUGGCUGUACUCUUUGGCUUGGAGUCUCCCACCCUUCUUUGGAUGGAGUGCAUAUGUUCCUGAGGGGCUGCUGACUUCCUGCUCCUGGGACUACAUGACUUUCACACCAUCAGUCCGUGCCUACACGAUGUUGCUUUUCUGCUUUGUCUUUGUCAUUCCUUUGAUUGCCAUCAUAUACAGCUAUGUCUUUAUAUUUGAGGCUAUCAGAAAGGCCAACAAGUCUGUUCAGACAUUUGGAAGCAAACAUGGAAGUAAAGAGUUCCAGAAACAGUAUCGGAGGAUGAAAAAUGAGUGGAAGAUGGCCAAAAUUGCACUGAUUGUCAUCUUGCUUUUUGUCAUUUCCUGGUCACCAUACUCUGUUGUUGCUCUGGUAGCUUUUUCUGGGUAUUCCCAUGCCCUAACACCCUACAUGAACUCCAUACCAGCUGUGAUUGCCAAAGCUUCUGUCAUCCAUAACCCCAUCGUUUAUGCCAUCACUCACCCCAAAUACAGAAGAGCCAUUGCAACACAUGUUCCUUGCCUUGGAUCCCUACUGAGAGUUUCUCCCAGAGACUCACGGUCUUCCAGCAGUUAUUACUCCUCCAGACGAGCCACCGUAACCAGCCAGUCUUCUGAGACAAGUGGGCUGCAGAAAGGAACAAGGAGACUGUCUUCUCUCUCUGACAGUGAAUCAGUCUGUACUGAAAUAGAAACUGAUACCCCCAGCAAGUUCUCCAGACUUGCCAGCAGGCAGACUUCCUAUGAAACAGAUAAAGACACAAUUCCAUCCAGUGACAUAAGAGCCAAGCCAAAAGUGAAGAGCCAGGAUUCUGGGAUCUGUGAGAAGACGUCGGUAGAUGCUGAUGACAUAUUGAUGGUGGAAUUGAAUGUCAGAGAGUACGUGGCUACACCUACUGAAGGUGAGAGCCUGAACAGUAUUGGACAAAGGAAAGGAGUGUCUUGCUAUGGAUCAUUGGCAGCUCAGAUACCCAGCAUUACAAUAACAUGCAGCAAUGUCCAAGGGGUAGAGCUGCCUUCCAGAUACAACUCUGGUUUCCUGUACCCUAAGACCAACAGUCACAAGCAGAACAAGAAGCCCAACAGCUAA